UGCCGCUAUUCGUGAUAUAACCGAGGCUUGCGUUUAUCCUGAAUAUACACUGCCAAAACUUUAUAUCAAGUUGCAUUAUUGCGUCUCUUGCGCGAUUCACUCCCAUGUAGUCAGAGUAAGGUCGCGUGAAGGACGUCGUAAUCGUGCUCCGCCAGCCAGGAUUCGAUUUAAUAAGGAUGGAAAAAAAAUUAAUCCAAAUGUAACGCAAAAAGCUACUUAA